AUGGGAAGAGCUCCAUGUUGUGACAAAACAAGUGUGAAGAGAGGUCCAUGGUCACCAGAAGAAGACUCGAAACUGAAAGACUACAUAGAGAAACAUGGCACUGGUGGGAAUUGGAUUUCUCUUCCUCAUAAAGCUGGUUUGAAGAGAUGUGGAAAAAGUUGUAGAUUGAGAUGGCUUAACUAUCUUAGGCCAAACAUUAAGCAUGGAGAUUUUUCAGAUGAGGAAGAUAGAAUAAUUUGCAGUCUCUAUGUUAAUAUUGGAAGCAGGUGGUCAAUUAUAGCUGCACAAUUGCCAGGUAGGACAGACAAUGAUAUCAAGAACUAUUGGAACACAAAGUUGAAGAAAAAACUCAUGGCUUUGCAUCAUCCUAGAAAACCUUCAUUUCCACCUUCAUCUUCUAUCUUAGACUACUUUACUCAAACUCCAACAACCUUCAAUGAUCUCCAAACCAUUUCACAUCCUUCAAACAACUAUCCUAACACAAGUUUCAACCCUUUUUACCAAAACCAAGAUUCCAUGAAUCCUCACAUGCAAUAUAACAACUACCCUAUUAUCAAAGACAACAACAAUAUGUUUAUGUUUGGAAGUGAAGGAAGUUGUACUUCAUCUGAUGGAAGUUGCAAGGAAAUCAAGCAAGAAGAAAUUGGCUAUCAUCAUCAUCAUCAUCACAUGUCUAGUAUUGGAUUUGAUGAGUUCAACAACAAUAAUAACUUUAUGAUAAGUUCUAACAAUGAAAGUGUUAUUGGUGGUGCAAAUAUGAACCAAUAUGAAGAAAAAUCAAGUGGAGUUGGAUAUAGUUACAAUAGUACUACUAUUAGUCAAACUCAAGCAUUAACUCCAUUACUUGAUUAUGGUCUUGAAGAUAUUAAGCAUUUGAUUAGUAGCAACAACAACAACAUCAAAGGUUUUAAUGUUGAUGAAAUUCAUAAGAAUGAAGAGAAUGGUAUGUACUAUUGCCAUUACUAG